AUGGCGAAAAAGAAGACUUCUGCAUCAAACUCUCCCGCGACCAGCGGCGGAAACAAGCCACCAAAUCAGGCGUCGUCUAAUCCGCCACCGCUUCCUCAUGGCCAACCCCCAGCACCUCCUGGCACGAAGCCUGAUUUAAGUGAACAAAGCGGGACAAAUGCUGUCUACUUCAAAGUUCAAUCACUUUCCGACGACCUCCGUGGAUUCCUCUGUCAUGAUUACAAAGAAAAGAAGCAAAGUUUUAAAAAUCUCGACUACUAUCGGAUUUUUAUAGUACACUUUGAUCCCGGAACCACCGCUCGUCCGACCAACAGAAAAGAUAAGUUAAUCGAACGCUUUGAGGCAAAGGUUCUGCCUCUCAUCAAGACCUAUCAGUUUCCUGCGCCUCCGAUACCAAUGCAGACAGACCAACCUUCUCGAAAGGACUUCAACCCCCUUGCUCGAAGGACUAAGCGCGCUGACCUCGUUCACGCCAUCUUACAAGCCAAGCCUAAAACGGUUAUACCAACAUCCGCAAGGGGAGAUGGCCUGCUCUAUCUAUACAAAGAGCACGUCGACCCAGAUCUCGUCAUUCCAGGUUAUACCAAAUUCAUCAAGCCGCCCAAUGUCGUUCGACGUGCAGAAGUCAAUACCCUUUUUAUGGAAGAUCUUCGCCUUACCUUGCAAGACCAAGCCCCCCACGUUUUUGUACAUUCGAUCCCGAUGACUCAUCCUGUACUUGUCAAUCUAUAUAUCAAAUUUGUUCUCGAAGAAGAGGUCGAGCCUGGUCUUUUAGUAUGUGGUUUUCACUACUCGCUCUUGCGCGAGAAACCCUGA